AUGCCGCAACAGCGGCAUGCAUCCCGCUUGCUCCUCCGCGCUGAGCGCACCUCUCGCUCGCGCCGGCGCGAACACGUGUUUAUUUGUAUGUUUUAUCCUUCGGCGGCUUUAAACCCAACCCACCCCGACCGCAAAGUGCGCUCCGCCGCCCGCCGCGCCCGCGUCGCGUCGCCGCCUCUCGCGGCAAUACGACUCGCCCGCGAAACUUUGUCCGAAGUCGACGGGCACGGACGUACCGCGUAUUAA